CCGGGUUGUUCCCAAGGUUGCUGAGCUGCUUCAGAAAGAGAAAAAAAAAAAAGCCGACACUGCCGCAUUGCUUAUAGUACAAGAAAUCAGUAAUCUUAUGCUUAAGACAACAUCAUUUGCCAGUGCUAUCAAGUCAUGCAACUCACUACGAACGUUUCCAAUAAGAACGUUAUCUUACCAUCCCGCUUAUCGACCCUUUUCUCUCCAUCUUUCAACCCCACUCAGGAACACAAAUAAAUCAGCUCGAAUCUCAACUGUAAACUAUAGAAACUUCCAUACAACAAGCCCACGGAAUGUUCCAAUUAUCCCAAUACCAGCAGCUAUACUAGCCUUACUGAAGUCUGGAAAAUUAGUCAGUUUUGUGUCUCUUUCGUCCAAGACCUCACUCACAUUGCUACCACACUCUAUCUUUCGACGAUACAAAUUCAGUACCAAGGUGUUCGCUAGCGUACCCCUUAUUGGUAUUGCUCUCUUACUUACUGUGGGGCUGGAUCAGGCUCCAAACACCGACCGACUGCGUCUUGUAUACCUUAGUGAAGAAGAAGAAAUGGAAGUGGUCACUUUGGAAGUGGAUCAGCUUCUUGGAUCGCAAUCAGGAUUGAUAGCUCCCAAGGAAAACGAAUAUGUACAGUGGCUUCAGAACAUCGCUGAUAAUAUUGCUCGAGUUUCAGUUGAUGAUAUCAGGGAUCCUGUCCGAGAAUAUGAUCCACAGGAUCCGAAAAUCAAGAGCUAUGACGUUAAUAUCAUAUGCGACAGUUCAACUCUCAAUGCUAUGUGUGCUGGAAAUAAGAUUUUGGUAUACGAUUUGAUGAUUUCUUAUCUUGGUUUCGACACUGAUAUGAUGGCGGUAAUCAUGUCACAUGAAAUAGCGCAUUCGAUCCAGCGGCACUUUGUUGAGACCCACGGCAUUGCCAGCUUUAUGCUAAUGCUUGGAGAUAUAAGUAGAGGACUCCUAUGGACUGUUACUGAAAGUCUAGGACCUUAUGUCAAUCAAAAGUUGAAUGAAUGGAUAUCAGGCUUUAUCACCAUGGAAACAGAAACAACCUAUAAUAGAGGACUUGAGAAAGAGGCGGACUUGGUUGGCUUAAUGUUGAUGGCUAAAGCAGGGUAUGAUCCUAGAACAGCAUUGACAGUUUGGGCUAAGGUUCGUUUAUUUUGUCGUUUAUACAUUUAUUGAAUCACACUGAUAGUAACUGGUCGUUAUGUCAGAUGGCCGAGUUAGAUAAACAGAGUGAUUCAGAUUCGGCAAUUGCUGGGCAAGUUGCAAAGGAGAAAAUCGAGUUCAACUCUGAUGAGAUAAAACAAUCAGUGGCGGAAGUGACUCAACAGCAACGCCAAGGAGCCUAUGACGACCUCAACCUGUCCGUCAAAGAGUUUGUUGAACGGCUUCUAAGCUCAUGGUUUGGGUCAACACAUCCUCCCAGCGCAGAGCGAGUGGACUAUAUGCGAGAACAUCUACCUGCCGCUAUCGAAAUUUAUGA